CGGGUUUGGGGCGGAGAACGUUGUGGCAAGCUCUGGAAGAUUCCUCCGCCCGCCGUAUAAAUAGGGAGGGGGGAAGCGGCUGCCGCCGAGCUAAAGCCUGGGCGGCCGAGCGAGGAGAGAGCUAAUUGAGCCAGUGACUGUGAGAGCGAGGGCACUGGGCGACUGGCGAUGGGGAAGGACUAUUACCGGAUCUUGGGCCUGACCCGCGGGGCAACUGAGGACGACAUUAAGAAGGCGUAUCGCAAGCAGGCGCUGCGCUACCACCCGGACAAGAACAAGGACCCGGGCGCCGAGGAGCGCUUCAAAGAGAUCGCCGAGGCGUACGACGUGCUGAGCGACCCCAAGAAGCGCGAGAUCUUCGACAAGUUCGGCGAGGAGGGACUAAAGGGAGGUGGUCCCAGCAGCAGUGGAGGAGGAGGUCCCAAUGGCACUUCAUUCACAUACACCUUUCAUGGAGAUCCUCAUGCCAUGUUUGCAGAAUUCUUUGGUGGGAGGAAUCCUUUUGAUACCUUUUUUGUCCAGAGGAAUGGCGAUGAAGACAUGGAUGUUGAUGACCCCUUCACAAGCUUUCAGAACUUUGGUAACAUUGGCUUUUCCCGUUCUCGUGGGGGCGCUGAACAUAUACGCAAGAAACAAGACCCACCCAUCACUCAUGAGUUGAGAGUAUCUUUGGAGGAGAUUUACUCUGGAUGCACCAAGAAAAUGAAAAUUUCUCAUAAACGUCUCAGUCCAGAUGGGAAAAGCACACGCAAUGAAGAUAAGAUUCUAACGAUUGAAGUCAAACGUGGCUGGAAAGAAGGAACAAAGAUUACAUUCCCCAAAGAAGGAGACCAGACACCAAACAACAUUCCAGCUGAUAUUGUAUUUGUUUUAAAAGACAAGCCACAUAACAUUUUUAGAAGAGAUGGGUCUGAUAUUGUAUAUCCAGCCAAAAUCAGCCUCCGUGAGGCUCUAUGUGGCUGCACUGUGAACACACCAACACUAGAUGGUAGGAACAUACCAAUGGUAUUCAAGGACAUCAUUAAACCUGGAAUGAAGCGAAGAAUUCCUGGAGAAGGUCUUCCAUUCCCCAAGAAUCCAAGCCAACGAGGGGAUCUUAUUAUUGAGUUUGAUAUAAGAUUCCCAGACAGAAUUCCACAGUCUUCAAAAAGUGUCCUAGAACAAAUCUUGCCAAUAUAGUAAGACAGGCAGAACGGGACUGCUGUGCCUCCAGAGCAGAGGAAUUGGAACUGGAAUCAGGAUUUCAGAGUCGCUUUUGGCAGUGGAUAGGGAAGUUAACUUCAUGUUGCUAAAAGAUUUCUGGGAAAUCCAUUCUUGCAAGAUGAACAUUGCACUUCUCAGUGACUUUUGGCCCAAGUUGUCAUUGCUCAAAACAUUUACAGCAAUGCUCAGUAACCCAAGAGAAGGAAUUGGCAGAACAUCUUUUAAUUGAACGUGGAAGACGACAACCAAUCAUAAUUCAUGCCUUCACUUAGUUGGCUAACCCUACUUGGCCAUGUCACAUAGGUCCUCCCAUAGGAAGGAGGAGAUUACAAUCUAAACUGGACUUCAGAAGUAAACACCUCCAAUCUCUUGUUUUUGCUGUACUGUGUCUUAUUGCAUUCUGCACUAUCUCAUUCCCAGGGGGGUACCUUUAAUGUUCAGUUUUCUAACUUGCUUGUUGCUCUUAAGGGUGCCCUUACUAAGCCAUUCUAAAAUGGUGCCAUUUGUUGAAGCUCCUGGAAGGGAAGGCAUCCUGAAACUUGGUCAUAAAUUGCCCUUUUCCAGAAGGUAAAUUGGUGGAGUAUGGCCUCCCCUGUUAAGCAAGCAGGAUGCUGCCUUAUAACUUCUGGAAAGCAUGUAAGAAGUUUACAGGUUUUUUCAGUGAAAUCUUUGACUUCUUGCCAUACACUGUUUAUAUGUCAGACUUGAUCCUGGUUGGUUGAUUGGACCGGCAGAAAAGAUGUAAAAUAUUCAGUUGAAGACAUUCUUUAAUAAACAAGUAUUUCAAUAGGUGAUAACUAUUGAAACUGAAAAGA